AUGUGUGUGGAUCAGUUGAUCUUGAAACUGCGUCGUGAGGAGGAGGAAAAUGCAUGGGGAGAGAGUGUAGGAUUUUGGGGAGUCUCGAUUUGGAAAGAAAAUUGGAUUUUGGAGGAGAGAGAAGAGGUGACGAAGGAUUUGGGGGGAGUCAUAGAAGGAGGAGGUGGUGGAUUGGUCGGCGACGGUGGCGGGGUCGUUGGAGAAGGAGGAGGGAGUGAUGUGGGUGACGCGGCCGAGGAGGAAGCCAUCCACAUAUGCGUGAGACACAGUGGCAGUACAGUGAAUUCCUCGAGUUUCAGGGGUAUUCGACGAGGACAAUCAUCGCUAUUGAUUCCAUAUGAAAAUGCUCUUCUGUCUCUAUUGCCUGAAGUUCAGCUUCCAAACAGUGGGAAGGGGAACUUUUUAUUUAGACCUGUUAAUUCUGUGAUGGUUAGUAAGUCUGUUCUUGUUAAUGCUCCGGGGUUGACCGAUACUAAUCUGUUUGUUGGUACGGGUAAAGAGGCUGAAAAUUCUAAUGUGGCUGGAGAAAUAGGGAAUGAUGAUGAAUCAAUAGAGAAUGAUCUUCCACUAGAUGAAGAAAUCCUUGAAGCUGAUCCCGAACAUGUUGAAGAUGAGAAUUUAGACAAUGGAGAAAUCCUUGAAGCUGAUCCCGAACAUGUUGAAGAUGAGAGUUUAGACAAUGAUCUUCCAUCUGUAAUAUCUAUAGCUAUGGAUGAAAGUUUUGCACAGGAGAAUGCCAAAAAUGGGAAGCAUAGUUCUACAUCAUUGGAAAAGGAUCAUAAAACUAGGCAUGCUUUUUAUGUGCAGUCAAUCGUUGAGCCACGCGAUGCAGCUUCGACAGACAAUAUUCUAGAAGCAGACACAAGUAUGAUGCAAGAUAAAGUUUUGGCCAUUGGCACUGGCACAGAUUCCCCUCUUGUUGGAUCUCUCCCAGUAGAUUCCUCAAUUAACGACACAUUUCUGAAAAAACCUGUGUCUGAUUUAAGCACCCCUAUUAGUUCCAAGGCACCAAACAAAUCUACAGUUGGAGAACAUAUAAAGCUACAUCUGAAGGAUGAAAGUCACAUGCUGUUGCAAAGUGAUCUUGCUAAUUCAAACAAUGAUUCUGCAAUGCUGAAUAAUCGUGUGAAGAAGGAGAUGAGGUGUAAUAUGCCACCAAAAUCAAUCACAUCAAUAUAUGACAUGGAACGUUUAUUAGUUCGGCAUCGUGCUUCUUCACGUGCAAUGAGACCGCGAUGGUCCUCAGUACGUGAUCAGGAAAUUUUAUCUGCAAAGUUACAGAUUCAGAGCACUUCUAUUUCAAAGAAUGAUAGAGAAAUUUAUGCUCCUCUCUUUCGAAAUGUUUCCAUGUUUAAAAGGAGCUAUAAACUCAUGGAACGCAUUCUCAAGGUAUACAUCUACAAGGAAGGAGAAAAACCAAUCUUUCAUCAGCCAAUGCUCAAGGGCUUAUAUGCAUCUGAAGGAUGGUUUAUGAAACUGAUGGAGGGAAACAAACGUUUUGUUGUUAAAGACCCUCGGAAGGCACACCUGUUCUAUAUGCCAUUUAGUUCACGAAGUCUACAGUACACUCUGUAUGUACGUAAUUCUCACAAUCGGACAAACCUACGCCAAUAUUUGAAGAACUACACGGACAAGAUUUCAGCAAAAUAUCCCUUCUUUAAUAGAACCGGUGGAGCAGAUCAUUUUCUUGUUGCAUGCCAUGACUGGGCUCCAUACGAGACAAGACACCAUAUGGAAAGGUGCAUGAAAGCCCUCUGCAAUGCUGAUGUAACUGCAGGCUUCAAAAUAGGGAGGGAUGUGUCCCUUCCAGAAACCUACGUCCGUUCUGCAAGAAAUCCUCUUCGAGAUCUUGGAGGAAAACCACCUUCUGAACGACAUAUUCUUGCCUUCUAUGCUGGCAACAUGCAUGGAUAUUUACGUCCAAUCUUGCUCAACAAGCAAGAUGAAUUACAUCCACCACAUGAAGAGCAGCAAGUACUGCCUCUGCCCUAA